AAAAACAAAUUUGUUUCGUUGAGCCCAAUUAUUAAUUGGGCGUCCGUAAUUUGCAUUCUGAAAUCUCAAAAAUGUUUGAAGAUAAAACUAUUGAUCCCCGUGCUUGUACGUACAGGUUAUUAGCAUCAUCUAAACUUCGUAAACAGAUUGAUCGUUUAAUCAGAACGAAAAAGUUAAAAUUCGGUUUAAUUAAUCCUAAAUCCGAUCCGAUAGAUUUUUACAGCCGCCUCAAUUCAACGUCGUCUAACAAUAGUGAAAAUCUAGUCAAUCGUACCGACAGAAAUAACAAAAAAGAAGUCAACGAAAAUGAUAUACAUCCAGAUGAAGAUGAAGGACAACGUGAACGAAUUAUUGCCAAAAUGGAACAGAUAGAAAUCAUACUUUGCAGAGCGGACGAUGAACAAAAACAAACGUUUACAUAUAAUGAUUUGGUUGAACUUCAUCGUCUUCUGCAGCAUUUAGAUCCAAGCGAAAACAUGGAACUGGCCAGAGAAUAUUUUUACGAAUUUCUGGAAAAUAAUUUCCGUGUCAUGCAAUUACCUGAACGGCGAACGAAUUUAUCGUUGGAUGAAAGAUUACGUAAGCUGCGCUUCAAAGCGGCAUCCGAUGAAUAUGAUUCGAUGGUUCAAAAUGUUGCCCAUUAUGUCAUCGGCAAUAACAGAUUUGGUGCAAAAUUUUCUAUGUCACAAGAUUUUCGCCAACUUCGUUCAACAUUGCUGGCAACAAUAAAUGCUAUGAUGGUCAUUGCUGCCACAUUCUUUUUCUUUUAUGUCACCAUCCAUUAUACUCGACCAGAUUUCGAUACGGGUAAAGUGGUACUUUAUAGUUUCGGUGCAUCUAUGGUUGUUGCCAUGGCUGAGCUCUAUUUCCUCAUAAGGAUUAUUUGACUUCAAAUCAGAUUUAGUUUGAUAAUCAAGAUCGAAAUACAAAUAGAAACACAUAUCUUUUGUUUAUUAAUUCCUUUUUAUUCCAUUUAUUA